UGCUUCGGCUGCUGCUGUGCUGCCGCCGCCGCCGCUGCUGCUGCUGCUGCUGCUUGUCACUCAUUGUUGCGCGCAAUCCGUGCAAGGAGCACCGAGCUACAUCCUCUCAGCUGUUUUCUGAAAAAGAACAAAAAAAAAGGACACUAUCCGACCAAAAGAUGCUUCAAAUAAGGAUCCUCCUCUUGGGAUUGCUCUUCAUCAACUGCGCAGCUGCCAUCCAGGUGCAGAUCACACCACCGCAAGGGCAGAUCAGCGUAGGAGAUUCCAAGUUUUUCCUGUGCGAAGUGGUGGGAGACGCCAAAGACAUCGACUGGUACAAGCCCAGCGGGGAGAUGAUCCUGCCGAACAACCCCGACAUCCACGUCAACCGCAACGACGAGACCAGCUCGGCCCUCAUCAUCUACCACGCCGACGUGGACGACGCCGGCAUCUACAAGUGCGUGGCCAGGAGCGGCGACAAGGAGGCGCAGGCCACGGUCCAAGUCAAGAUCUUCCAGAAGAUCACCUUCAAGAACGUUCCCAGCCCGCAGGAGUUCAACGAGGGCGAUGACGCCGACAUCGUCUGCGACGUGAUCGGAUCGCCGCCGCCUUUCAUCCUGUGGAAGCACAAGGGCUACAUCAUCAAGGUGGAAAAAGACGUUCGAUUCCGCCACAUGGAGAAUGGCCACCUUCAGAUCCGCGGCAUCAAGAAGGUCGACGAGGGCACGUACACCUGCGAGGCUCGCGUCAUGCAGACGGGAGAGCUCUCCUUCAAGAUGAUCGAGGUGGUCGUAAACGUGCUCCCCACCAUCCGUGCCAGGCAGUCCGAGUUCAACGCCACCGCCGACAUCGGUAGCACCGCCCUCUUGGCUUGCGACGCAGACGGCUUCCCCGAACCCACCGUCACAUGGGCCUAUAACAACGUCGUCCUUGAGUCUGGCGAUAAGUACAGCCUGAACGAGGACGGCUCGGAGCUGCUGAUAAGGGAGGUGGUCAAAGUGGAUGAAGGAGAUUACACCUGCAUCGCCAGGAACAAAGCGGGGGAGACGAGCCAGGAAGUCAGUCUCAACGUCUUCGUUCAAGCUAAAAUCACCUACCUGAGCAACCAGACGGCGUCCGAGUUCGACGACGAAGUCACACUGACCUGCGAGGCCUCGGGCGACCCCACGCCGUCCAUCUCCUGGAGCUUCGAGAACAAGAUGUUCGCUGAAGGAGAGCAGGAUUCGUGGACGCGACCAGACAAAUACGAGAGCCAGGACAGAAACAUUGUUGUGCGAAGCCACGCCAGGGUGUCCUCCCUCCUCUUGAAGAAUAUCCAGUUCACCUACGCGGGACAGUACCUGUGCACCGCCAGCAACUCCAUCGGCCAGGACAACCAGCACGUGUACCUGGAGGUCCGCUAUGCUCCAAAGAUUCUGGGCUCGGUGACGACGUACACGUGGGAGGGAAACCCGGCCAACCUCAGCUGUGUGGUGGAAGCCCACCCGGCGGCUUCUGUGACUUGGUUCCGUGACGGCCUUCAGCUGCCCAGCUCCAACGCCACCAAUGUGAAGAUCCACAACACGCGGAGCGUCAGCUACCUGGAGGUUUCUCCUGAAUCCCAGAGCGACUUUGGAAGCUACAACUGCACGGCCAACAAUGUGAUGGGCACAGAGUACAAGGAGUUCCUCCUCAUCCAAGCAGAGGUGCCGUCUUCGCCGGAGAUCCAGCAGGUGGAGCCUUUCUCCAGCUCGGCCGUGGUGGAGUUUGACGAGCCCGACUCCUUCGGCGGAGUGCCCAUCAUCAAGUACCUUCUGGUGUGGCGCAAGCAGAGGCACCACGACUGGACCACCAUGGAGUACGAUGCCACUGAGGACAUGACCCGGAUCACCAUUGGGGGCCUGAAGCCCGAGACCACCUACGAGCUCAAGAUGUCCGCCAUCAACGGCAAAGGCGAAGGCGAGAGCAGCCCGACCAGCACGUUCCAGACCAAGCCAGUCCGUAUGUACUCCGUCCUCACUUUGAGCCCUCCGCAAUAA